AUGGUGGAAGCAGAUCGACCUGGGAAACUGUUCAUAGGAGGCCUCAAUAUAGAGACCAAUGAAAAGACUCUGGAAGCAGUAUUUGGGAAAUAUGGCCGUAUAGCAGAAGUUCUUUUGAUGAAGGAUUGGGAAACCAACAAGUCUAGAGGCUUUGCAUUUAUUACUUUUGAGAGCCCUGCUGAUGCUAAGGAUGCUGCUAAAGAAAUGAAUGGAAAGUCUUUGGAUGGAAAAGCAAUUAAAGUAGAGCAAGCCAACAAACCAUCUUUUGAAAGUGGUGGUAGACAGAGACCACCACCUCCUUCAAGAAACAGAGGCCCUCCAAGAAAUCUGAGAUGUGGAAGAGGAGGAAGUGGAGGAUCAAGAGGGCGUCCACGUGGAGGACACAUGGAUGAUGAUGAAUAUACUGUUAAUCUCAGCAUGAGUUCUUCUAAGGGACUCUUUCCAGUGAAAAGAGGUCCAUCUUCAAGAAGUGGAGGUCCUCCUCCUAAAAGAUCUUCUGCUCCGGCAAAAACCAAUAGUGGUAUGGGAGGACGAGGGCCUGUCUCACGUGGGAGAGAGAAUUAUGGAGGUGCUCCACGCAGAGAAUCAGUGUCUUCCCGGAGAGAUGACUACAUGUCACCAAGAGAUGAUGGUUAUGCAGUAAAAGAAAGUUACUCAAAUAGAAAUUAUCCAAGUUCUCGAGACACCAAGGAUUAUGCUCCACCACCUAGAGAGUAUGCAUACCGUGAUUAUGGCCAUUCUAGUUCAAGGAGGGAACAUUCUACUAGAGGAUAUAGUAAUCGUGAUGGCUACAGUCGAGGCCGUGAUAGGGAUUACUCUGAACGUUCAAGUGGAGGCUCUUAUGCAUAUGAGAGUUAUGGUAACUCCCGUGGUGCACCACCUGCAUGUGGACCUCCUGUGACUUAUGGUGGAAGCAGUCGUUACGAUGCUUAUAGCAGCACACGAGAUAGAUGUAGUGGAGGUCAUGGUGGAAAUCGGGAGAGUUACUCAAGCAGCAGAAGUGAUGUCUAUUCCAGUGGUCGUAAGCGUGGUGGCAGACAGGAAAGAGGGCUUCCAUCUUCUGUGGAUAGGGUGUACCCUACUUCUCACGAGUCUUAUAGUAGCUCAAGUUGUGGAGCUUCCAGAGUAAGUCGUGGGGGAAGCCGAUCUGAACGAGGAGUCCGAAACAGAUACUAA